UGAGUGCCCGCUCUGUGCGCCUUUGGUGGGGCUGGUUCCUGGAACGCGCUCAUUGGUUCAUUCGGAUGACAGCGAUGGACACCUGACUCACAAUCUACAUUACAAGCUUCUAGUUGAUCCAUGAAAAAGCACGUAGACAAGUUUCUGUCGACACGCUCAGAGCUUCACUUGUUAAGAUGCUAUCUUCUCGUGCACUGGUGCGGGGGCUGCAGUGUGGAUUGUGGCGGAGGGUUUCUACGUCAUCUGGCGCAUGGGCUGCACACUCACAUGAUGUUGAUAUGAUUGACUGCUCCGUUCCUCAGUACAACAACCGUCUGGAUACUCCACUGCCUGAUGUUCCAUUUGUCAGAAACCUCAAUCCUGAACAGAAAAAGCUUAAGGAGAAAGAGAAUGGGCCGUGGACCCAGCUUACCAAGGAGGAAAAACUAGCUAUAUACAGACUCACACAUGAGCUGUCAUAUCCAGAGAUGAGGAAAGGCUCCAAGGAGUGGAUGACAGUUCUUGGGGGUGUUUUCUUUUUCCUGGGCUUCACGGGGCUGUUGGUGUGGUGGCAACGUGUGUAUGUGUACGGUGAUGUUCCACACACUUUAUCUCCUGAGUGGGUCGAGCAGCAGACACAGAGGAUGAUAGACAUGAGGGUGAACCCUGUCCAUGGGUUCUCUCAUAAGUGGGACUAUGAAAAGAAGCAGUGGAAAUAAAUAAAUGAAACUUUUAUGACAUAGAAUGUAGCAACCAUAAAAAAAAGAUCCAAAAUGGGUAAUGCUGUGCAACAUGCAGCCUUAAUACUUCAAUAAACACGCUGAAACAAACAGAACUACUUCAGUAUUAUGG